AUGGCAUUCCCAGCGAAAAGUGGCAUCAAUACUGAGAUUCCCUGCGAUCAAACAAAAUGGGAUCCUGAGGUGCAAGAACAGAACAAGGUUGAAGACCCGUCGGAUCCAGCUUCAUGGCGGAGUCGGAAGAAGAUCUUCGUGGUCUUUGUUGGCCUCCUCACGUUGUUCAACAGCGUCUUCGAUUCAACCAUCCCGAGCGGUGGGAUUGAGUUCAUCUCCAGGGCUCUGGAUGUCAAAAGCGACACUCAACAGGUGUUGCCCACCUCUGUCUACCUGAUCGGGUAUGUGACAGGACCUCUGGCUUUUGGGCCUAUGAGCGAGCUGUACGGUCGAAGGCCGGUGAUGGUAGGAACUUUCGUUCUUUUUACUAUCUUCACCCUCGCAUGUGCCGUUGCGCCUAACUGGCCGGCCCUCAUCAUUUUCCGAGCUCUCUGUGGCAUCUGCGCUUCUAGUCCGAUUGCCGUCACAGGAGGACUUUUCGCCGAUGUCUAUCGCUCUCCUCUUGCUCGAGGACGGACUAUGGCGCUGUCAAUGGCAAUCACCACCGCUGGUCCGCAGUUUGCACCGCUGAUUGCAGGAUUUAUUGCAACGGUUGGGUGGAGGUGGAUUUUCUGGUUGUCUCUAAUCCUCGCCGGUCUCACCUUGGUCCCGGUGCUAUUUCUCCCCGAAACAUUCAGACCUGCCCUCUCUCGAGAGCCACGAAAGCGCGGUGACGGUAUUCUGGUCAAAACUUUUACUCGACCGCUAUACAUGAUAUUUCGUGAGCCAAUCAUCACGUUCACUUGUCUUUAUCUGUCCUUCGCAAGUGCAAUCUUCUUUAUGUAUUUUGAGGCAUACCCCUUGAUCUUCCAAGGUGUAUAUGGAAUGAGUGAUGGUAUCGCUGGGCUAGCAUUUCUUCCAAUUGCUGUGGGAGCCUGUAUCGGGAUGGCCAUAUUCUUAGCAUAUGACUCGUUUUUACAGCGCGCAAAAUUACAAAAGAAGACAUGGUCCAGUCUUGAGGAAUAUCAACGACUUCCGUUGGCAUGUUUAGGGGGGCCACUCUAUGUGUUGGCUCUGUUUUGGCUGGGCUGGACUUCAUCCAUGAAGAUUCAUUGGAUCGUACCCAUGCUGGCAGGGAUACCUUUUGGAAUGGGGUUCUUCCUCAUCUUCGUGGCUCUGAUCAAUUACUUGGUUGAUGCUUACCACGAGUACGCUGCCAGUGCGAUGGCAGCCGCUAGCUGCUGUCGUAGUAUCUUCGGAGCAAUUUUGCCUCUGGCAGCCGCUCCUAUGUUUACCCAAUUGGGAAUAGCAUGGGGCUGUAGCCUGCUGGGAUUCUUGAGUCUUCUCAUGACCUUGAUCCCGUUCGUGUUCAUCCGCUAUGGUGAUCUUAUUCGUUCGAGAAGCAAGUUCCGUCAACAAAUUCAUCAUGAAUGA